AUGGCAGAGGACCUGGAGCUGGAGCAGAAGAUUCUGGGCCUGGAGCUGGAGCAGAUGGCAGAGGACCUGGUGCUGGAGCAGAAGAUUCAGGACCUGGAGCUGGAGCAGAUGGCAGAGGACCUGGAGCUGGAGCAGAUGGCAGAGGACCUGGAGCUGGAGCAGAAGAUUCUGGGCCUGGAGCUGGAGCAGAUGGCAGAGGACCUGGUGCUGGAGCAGAAGAUUCUGGGCCUGGAGCUGGAGCAGAAGAUUCUGGGCCUGGAGCUGGAGCAGAUGGCAGAGGACCUGGUGCUGGAGCAGAAGAUUCUGGGCCUGGUGCUGGAGCAGAGGAUUCUGGGCCUGGUGCUGGAGCAGAGGAUUCUGGGCCUGGUGCUGGAGCAGAUAGCAGAGGACCUGGUGCUGGAGCAGAAGAUUCUGGGCCUGGUGCUGGAGCAGAUGGCAGAGGACCUGGGGCUGGUGCAGAAGAUUCUGGGCCUGGAGCUGGAGCAGAAGAUUCUGGGCCUGGAGCUGGAGCAGAUGGCAGAGGACCUGGUGCUGGAGCAGAAGAUUCUGGGCCUGGUGCUGGAGCAGAAGAUUCUGGGCCUGGUGCUGGAGCAGAGGAUUCUGGGCCUGGUGCUGGAGCAGAAGUCGACGACUCUGGUGGGCAGUACGUGCUUGUCUCAGUCUCUGGAGCAGUAG